AUGGCGACGCCGCCUCCUGAGGCACCCUCUGUUCUAAAAGAGGGAAAGCCUCAACUGCCGCCGUCGCCAAAUGGAGACUCAUCUUCUGACUUCGAUCGCGCAGGUGUACAGCCUCCGGUGACUGACUCCAUUCCGAUCCCGCCGACCGACGGAGCUAAAACAACUGAGAAAGAUGCCAAGAAUAUUAGUAUGAAUGGUCAUGCCUCUGGGCAGGAGAAUGGUAUCGUGAACACCGCUUCCCCUCCCAAGUCACCUGCGCCUCCAGCCACAACCACCAGCAUCGCACAAGAUGGACCAGUUGCUGGGAACUCAGCGGUAGAUGACAAACCAGCCACUCCUGGCAACGUGCCGAAACAGCCGACCAACGGCGCUGGUGCAGACGACAAUAGCUCCAAGGCCACACCCUUGUCGCAAAGCAUCCCGCAAGAUUCAUCCGCUACACCAGCUGGUGUGCAGUCACCACAAAGCACUGCUGCGGUCAAAACCGAGCUUCCUCAUCAUCCCCAUGCUGCUGUGCAGCCCGAAAAACCUUCCACCGUAGAUGUUUCCUCUGCAGCAAACGCGCAACCUUCGCCAGCUAUUGACCAGGAGAUGCGGGAUGCACCCGCUUCACCAACGAAGCUCUCGAGGGAGCGCGAGGUUGAACCGAACGAUGAACCUUCCGCGAAGCGUACGAAGAUCGAUACUCAAGGAUCCGCCGAACUCAAGGCUCCGGAAUUACCAACACCAGUCACAGAUACACCAAUGACUACGGGAAAUGGUGACGGCCCUCUCACAAGGGUACAGCAUAGGUUCCUUGUCAAAGCCAUUCAAAGUCUGAAGCGUCUGCACGACGCGCGGUUCUACAAGGAGCCCGUUGAUCCCGUCAAAAUGGCUAUUCCGACUUAUUUUGACGUCAUCAAGGAGCCAAUGGAUUUGGGUACCAUCGAACAGAAACUGAAGAACAAUGUGUACACGUCACCGCAGAGCGUUUUCAACGAUUUUGAGCUUAUGGUUCGGAAUGCGCACGUUUUCAAUGGACCCGAUCACAUUGUCUCCGUUGAGGGUAAAAGGCUCCAAGCCACAUUCGAGAAGCAGAUGCUGAAUCUGCCCAAGGCUGACGAAGUGGAGGAAAAGAAGCCUAAGAAAGCUGCGUCGUCCAAAACCUCUAACGCUCGUCGAGAUCCUCGGCCGUCAGCUGGAUCGAAUGCAGUACGUCCAACAGGUGGAUCACCCCAGGCUACAACUUUUGCCUUGGGACCCGAGGGACUGCCUCUUAUUCGGAGAGAUUCUACGAAUGCCGAUGGCCGCCCCAAGCGUUCCAUCCACCCUCCCAAGCGCGACCUGCCAUAUUCAACAAAGCCAAAAAAGAAGAAGUUCCAAUGGGAGCUAAAGUUUUGUCGAGAAGUCCUCGAUGAAUUACAUAAGACCAAACACUACUCGUAUGCUUUCCCGUUUUAUUACCCUGUGGACCCGGUCGCCUUGAACAUUCCCACAUACCACAGCAUCAUUAAGAAGCCCAUGGAUCUUUCCACUGUCAGCUCCAAACUUAAUACCGGUCAGUAUGAGAAUGCGAAAGAGUUUGAGAUGGACAUACGCCAGAUCAUGAAGAAUUGCUUCAAGUUCAAUCUUAAAGGCGAUCCCAUUUACAUGGCCGGUGAGAAGUUAGAGGAAGUUUUCAAUGCCAAAUGGGCACAGAAGGAAAGUUAUCUAGCAGCUCACGAACCUCCUCCGGAGCAACACAGUGCAGCCUCAUCCUCGGAAGAAAGUGAUGAAGACGAGGAAGGGAGUGACGAUGAGGAAGAUGAAGCGAUCAACAGACUGAAGCAACAGAUUGCCGAUAUGUCUCAGCAGCUGGAAGCGAUGACCCAAAAGAAGAAGAAGACUCCACCGAAGAAGGCAAAGUCGAAAAAGAAGGAUAGCAAAAAGGUUGGGGCUACUGGCGCUGGCAGAAAAGACAAGAAAGGUGGCGGGAAGUCAUCGAAGCCCGAGAAACCACGCUAUGUCUCGUACCAUGAUAAACAGAUUAUUUCAAACGGAAUCAGCAGUCUUCCUGAUAAGAAAAUGCAGGAGGCACUCAAGAUCAUUCAGAGUAACGUUCCGGCUCUUAAGGGUACACAAGAGACUGAAAUUGAGCUCGACAUUGAUGAACUUCCCAAUGAUGUUCUUUGGAUGCUGCUCAAGUUCGUGAAGAAAAACGCACCUCAUGUAGUUGAGGAGGACGAGGCCUCCUCGCCAGUUGCCCCCAAUGCUGCACCACCCAAACCGAAGAAGAACAAGCCCAUGAGCAAGUACGAACAGGAAGCUCAGAUUAAUAUGCUCGAAAGCAACCUCUCACGCUUCCAAGGGGGUGGGCACGGUCGCUCUCCCGAACCAGUUCCUUCACUCGAGGCCAAUGAUAGCAGUGGUGACUCUGAGGAUGAUUCUGAAGAAAGCGAAGAAGAGUAA